UCCCUUAUUUCUCUAACCACCCGUCUAUUAAAUAUGAACCCUAAAAUAUUACACCAGUGACACCUAUGCCACGUGCCCAUUAAUGGUCGAUAUAUACACAUCGUUAAUCUUUCCAUAUUUUGAGUUUCACGCAACUCAAGACGCGCCAAUUCUUCUCUGGCAUUUCCUCAAAUCCCUGGUUGCGUCUCCUGAGAAAGAAAGAAAAGAAAAAACGAAAAAUCUCUUUACGUAUCAGGAGGAUUCCACCAGGAUUUUUUUUUGUUUCUUCAAGGCAAUCCUUGUUUGAAGAGGAAUCAUAAGGUAAUCUAUUGAAGUUCUUUGUAUUUUCAAUUGAGGAAGAAAAAAAAAGGAGGCAGAGAAAAUUGCAAUGGCGGAGUUUGAUUCUGGUAAGAGAAAACCAAGAGAUGUUGAAAUCUCGGAUGCCAAAGUGCCAGAAACUGCUCAUCAAAUUAGUCAAGAUUCAUGGCUACAAAUUGCUUUUAUACUUACCACCGGUAUAAACAGUGCCUAUGUAUUGGGAUAUUCCGGCACGGUUAUGGUUCCUUUAGGUUGGGUAGGAGGUUCAGUUGGUUUGGUUUUCGCAGCGGCUUUGUCGUUGUAUGCCAAUGUUCUUCUUGCCAAAAUUCACGAGCUUGGUGGAAAGAGACAUAUCAGAUACAGAGAUCUUGCUGGCCAUAUCUAUGGAAAGAAUGCCUAUGCUCUUACAUGGGCAUUGCAGUACAUAAAUCUAUUCAUGAUUAACACGGGUUAUAUCAUUUUAGCUGGUCAAGCUCUCAAGGCUAUGUACGUUCUUUUCAGGGAUGAUCAUGUAAUGAAGCUCCCUUACUUCAUUGUAAUAGCUGGGUUUGUUUGUGCUUUGUUCGCCUUUGGUGUACCACAUUUAUCAGCUCUGAGGAUUUGGCUAGGAUUUUCAAAUUUCUUCAGUAUCAUAUACAUCGUCAUAGCAUUUAUAUUGGCGCUUAACGACGGCAAGAAGGCUUCACCUAGAGACUACAACAUUCCGGGUACAACAGCAACCAAGAUUUUUUCCUGUAUCGGUGGAUUUGCAAAUCUCUUUUUCUCAUUCAAUACAGGAAUGCUUCCAGAGAUACAGGCAACAGUGAAACAGCCGGUGGUUGGCAACAUGGUGAAAGCUCUCGUCUUUCAGUUCACAAUUGGACUUGUACCUAUGUACGCCAUUACUUUAAUGGGAUACUGGGCUUACGGAAACGAAACAUCGGCAUACCUUCUUAACAAUGUCUCAGGUCCAGUAUGGGUGAAAGCAGUUGCCAACAUUUCAGCCUUUUUGCAGUCUGUCAUCGCGUUACAUAUUUUUGCGAGUCCAAUGUACGAAUACUUGGAUACAAAGUUUGGUCCAACUAAAGGAGGUGCAUUUUCUCCAAGCCAUAUCUCAUUCAGAGUUCUCGUACGAGGGGGUUACCUAACUGUAAACACCUUAGUGUCAGCUCUUCUACCUUUCCUCGGAGAUUUCAUGAGUUUAACAGGGGCCUUCAGCACAUUUCCACUCACAUUUAUCCUCGCAAAUCAUAUGUACCUAAUGGCGAAGAAGCAUAUGCUUUCAAUGCCACAAAAAUCCUGGCAUUGGCUCAAUAUCACAUUUUUUAGUGUAAUGUCUGUUGCUGCAGGGGUUUCAGCCGUGAGGCUAAUCCUAGCUGACUCCAAAACUUACAACAUUUUUGCGGAUCUCUAAAGACCUGACGAAGUACUAAAUCUAAUUCAGAUAUUCCGGCUGUUUAUGCUUCAGCAUAGUAAUGUCACGGGUUAUUUUUCUUCUUUUUCGAGUCAUUCUUCCAUAUGAAAUGUGGAAGGUCUAAUAUUCGAGCCUGAAAAGGACCAAUUAAAUCACUUAAUAUAUAUUUUGCUGCUCUCUUAAAGAUCUGGUAUAUUUUAACUUAGUAGAAUAAUUAUAGCA